GCUUCAAUCUCGAGUUAUUUUCAGUCUUGGCAAAAUGAUGCUACUUGGAAGACUAAAAUCCCAGCUCGUCGCAUCGACUUCUCCCUGGCGGCUUUUGGCCCGAAACUACAAGGUGACUGUUGUGGGUGCCGGAGGAGGAAUCGGGCAGCCACUCUCGCUGCUCAUCCGCCAGAAUGCAGGAAUACGCGAACUCGCCCUGCACGACAUCAACGAGAUGAAGGGAAUCGCCACGGAUCUGUCGCACAUUUCCAAGCCGGGACGCGUGACCACCUUUGUGGGCGAGAGUCAGCUGGAGGCUGCCGUGUCGGGAGCCAAUGUAGUGGUAGUGGCCGCCGGGAUGCCUCGUCUGCCGGGCAUGGAACGGGACCAGCUGAUGGCCGCCAACGGGGGUGUGGCGGCGAAGGUGGCCAGUGCCGUGAGUGUCGCCUGUCCUGGUACUCUUCUGGCCUUCAUCACAAAUCCCAUCAACAUGAUUGUUCCUACGGCAGCGGAGGUGCUGAAGGCCAACGGGGUAUUUAAUCCAAGACGUCUCUUCGGGAUCACCACUCUGGAUGUGGUGCGCGCCAAAAAGUUCAUAGGUACUGCCAUGGGCAAGGAUCCCGGUAAUGUGGACAUCACGGUUAUUGGCGGUCAUGCGGGAAUAACGAUCUUGCCACUACUCUCCACUUGCAAGCCGCCGUACUUGGGAGAAGCUAAGGAGAUCGAGAAAUUGAUUCAUCGCAUCCAGGAGGCGGGAACCGAGGUGGUGAAAGCCAAGGCCGGCAACGGAUCGGCCACUCUAUCGAUGGCGUAUGCCGGUGCCCAGUUUGUGGACUCCCUUCUGCGAGCAAUUGGCGGUCAAGAGGGUGUGGUCGAGUGCGCCUUCGUUGCCUCGGAACUGACAGAGGCUCCGUUCUUCGCCAGUAGCCUGGAACUGGGACGGUAUGGAAUCAAGCGCUACCUGGAAAUUCCCCAGAUGAACGAGCUGGAAAUGGAGGCCCUGGCGAAGUUGCUUCCCAUUUUGCGAAAGAACGCCGAGGAGGGAAUCGAUUUCGCCAGGAAAUACUUAAAACAACUCGAGAAGACCGUCCCCACUGCGUUGCCAGAAGCUCAGUAAAACACACAUAUACUUAUUGUUUUCAGUGCAAACUCCAGACUAUCUUGGCACUGAUACUUUUUAUGAUGUCUCGACAAGUAACCGUCUAGACAGUAGGCAAAGUUCCCAAACAAACUACUUUUCAAGGCUGACAAGUACAUAUAUGUGGCUUAACAAUAUACUUUUACAAUAAAGGAAUGAAUUUUGGAAAUUUAA